UUAACCCUAUUUAUAUGCGGUCCCCAGAUUGCAACGGAGAAACAUUGUUUUCUCCACAAGAGAAGGCGACAUUACACCUCAGGGAGUAACCAAUUCUGGCUGAAAAAAAUGCCAGGAAAAAGAGAUAUCGCCCUGGGCACUGCCGCGGGGGUCACGGGUGCGGCCCUUGUAGCGUGGAGGACAUUGUUCCCCUACAUCGUGGACGACAUCAAGACAUAUGGCCCAAUGAUCAAAACAACAAUAAAAAUCGUGAAAGGAAUGAAAAAUGCGGAAUACUUGGUCGACGUGUUCGAGAGGCAGGUAGCCAAGCACCCUAAGAAGAUUUUUCUAAUUUUUGAGGAUAAGUCCUACAGCUUUGAGUUUGUUAACGAAAUGGCGAAUAAGGUAGCCAAUAUAGCCAUGUCUUGGAAUCUACAACUCAAUGACAUAGUAGCAACUGUCAUCUACAACGAGCCCGCAUUCGUGUGGACAUUUCUCGGUCUCCAAAAGAUAGGACUCGCAGAUGCCUUCAUCAACUAUCACCUCACAUCGAAACCUCUGCUGCACUCCCUCAAGGUCAGCGAAGCCAAAGUCAUUAUCGUAGGGGCAGGCGAUGAACUUCUCGAGUCGAUGUUGGCCAUACACGAUGGAUUACAAGGCACUCCAAUUUAUGUCCAAGGAAAGUCACAAUCCGAACUUCCCUUCGGAUUCAUGUCCAUGGAAGAUAUGAUGUUACGUGCGACCCCUGUUAACAUAUGUAAAUUGAUACGGUCAAAGGUCACGGACACGACGCCCAUGUGCUUUAUAUACACCUCGGGAACGACAGGACUUCCGAAACCCGCCAUCAUCAACCAAGCCAAAGGUAUAGCUACGUCAAAGAUGUACAGUCUGUUCGACUAUAACGAAAAGGAUGUGGUUUAUGUUGUGACACCCCUCUACCACAGCGCCGCAGCCACAAACUGCUUCUUCAACUCAAUAGACACAGGCGCUACCAUGGUUAUACGUAAGAAGUUUUCGGCGUCACACUUCUGGGAGGAUAUCAGAAAGCACAAUGUUACAGUGAUCCAGUACAUUGGGGAACUUCUCAGAUACGUCGUCGCUGUGCCUAAGUCACCACUAGAUGGCGUUCACAACGUCCGUAUUGCCUAUGGAAAUGGUCUGAGACCUGAUAUUUGGAAGGAAUUUCAGAGCCGAUUCAAAAUUCCCUGGAUAAUGGAGAUGUUUGGUGCUACUGAGGGGACAUCUGCCAUUGUGAACACAACCAACAAAAUUGGAGCCAUAGGGAGGUUGUCUCCCUUGUCG